AUGUGGCGCUGGGUCCGGCAGCAGCUGGGUUUUGACCCACCACAUCAAAGUGACACAAGAACUAUUUAUAUAGCCAACAGGUUUCCUCAGUAUGGCCAUUAUACACCUCAGAAAUUUAUAGAUAACCGGAUCAUUUCAUCUAAGUAUACUAUGUGGAAUUUUGUUCCAAAAAAUUUAUUUGAACAAUUCAGAAGAGUGGCAAACUUUUAUUUUCUUAUUAUAUUUUUGGUUCAGCUUAUGAUUGAUACACCUACCAGUCCAGUUACCAGUGGACUUCCAUUGUUCUUUGUAAUAACAGUUACUGCCAUAAAGCAGGGUUAUGAAGAUUGGUUAAGACAUAUCUCAGAUAAUGAAGUAAAUGGAGCUCCUGUUUAUGUUGUUCGAAGUGGUGGCCUUGUAACAACUAGAUCAAAAAAUAUUCGGGUGGGUGAUAUUGUUCGAGUAGCCAAAGAUGAAAGUUUCCCUGCAGAUUUGGUGCUUCUGUCCUCAGAUCGACUUGAUGGUUCUUGUCACGUUACAACUGCUAGUUUGGAUGGAGAAACUAACCUGAAGACACAUGUGGCAGUUCCAGAAACAGCAGUAUUACAGACAGUUGCCAAUUUGGACACUCUUAUAGCUGUGAUAGAAUGUCAGCAACCAGAAGCGGACUUGUACAGAUUCAUGGGACGAAUGACAAUAACUCAACAAAUGGAAGAAAUUGUAAGACCUCUGGGGCCAGAGAGUCUCUUGCUUCGUGGAGCCAGAUUAAAAAACACAAAAGAAAUUUUUGGUGUUGCUGUUUAUACCGGAAUGGAAACUAAGAUGGCGUUAAAUUACAAGAGCAAAUCGCAGAAACGAUCUGCAGUAGAAAAGUCAAUGAAUACAUUUUUGAUAAUUUAUCUAAUAAUCCUUAUUUCUGAAGCCAUCAUCAGUACUAUCUUGAAAUAUACAUGGCAAGCUGAAGAGAAAUGGGAUGAACCUUGGUAUAACCAAAAAACAGAACAUCAAAGAAAUAGUAGUAAGAUUCUGAAAUUCAUUUCAGACUUCCUUGCUUUUUUGGUCCUUUACAAUUUCAUCAUUCCAAUUUCAUUAUACGUGACAGUGGAACUGCAAAAAUUUCUUGGAUCAUUUUUUAUUGGCUGGGAUCUUGAUCUCUAUCAUGAAGAAUCAGAUGAGAAAGCUCAAGUCAAUACUUCUGAUCUGAAUGAAGAACUUGGACAGGUGGAGUAUGUGUUUACAGAUAAAACUGGUACACUGACAGAAAAUGAGAUGCAGUUUCGGGAAUGUUCAAUUAAUGGUACAAAAUACCAAGAAAUCAAUGGUAGACUUGUAUCCGAAGGACCAACACCAGACUCUUCAGAAGGAAAUUUAUCUUAUCUUACUAGUUUAUCCCAUCUUAACAAUUUAUCCCAUCUUGCAACCAGUUCCUCCUUUAGAACCAGUCCUGAAAAUGGAACUGAACUAAUUAAAGAACAUGAUCUCUUCUUUAAAGCAGUCAGUCUCUGUCACACUGUGCAGAUUAGCAGUGUUCAGACUGAUAGCAUUGGUGAUGGUCCCUGGCAGUCCAACUUCGCACCUGCCCAGUUGGAGUACUAUGCAUCUUCACCAGAUGAAAAGGCUCUUGUGGAAGCUGCUGCAAGAUUUGGCAUCGUGUUUAUUGGUAAUUCUGGAGAAAUUAUGGAAGUUAAAACUCUUGGAAAACUGGAACGAUACAAGCUGCUUCAUAUUUUGGAAUUUGAUCCAGAUCGUAGAAGAAUGAGUGUAAUUGUUCAAGCACCUUCAGGUGAGAAGCUUUUAUUUGUUAAAGGUGCUGAAUCAUCAGUUCUCCCUGCAUGUAUAGGUGGAGAAAUAGAAAAAACCAGAAUUCAUGUAGAUGAAUUUGCUUUGAAAGGGCUAAGAACUCUGUGUAUGGCCUAUAGGCAGUUUACAUCUAAAGAGUAUGAGGAAAUAAAUAGACGUUUAUUUGAAGCCAGGACCGCCUUGCAGCAACGGGAAGAGAAAUUGGCAGGUGUCUUCCAGUUCAUAGAGAAAGACCUGAUAUUACUGGGAGCUACAGCAGUAGAAGACAAACUGCAAGAUAAAGUUCGAGAAACUAUUGAAGCUUUGAGAAUGGCUGGUAUCAAAGUAUGGGUACUUACUGGAGAUAAACAUGAAACAGCUGUUAGUGUGAGUUUGUCAUGUGGACAUUUUCACAGAACCAUGAACAUCCUUGAACUUUUAAACCAGAAAUCAGACAGUGAAUGUGCUGAAAAAUUGGGGCAGCUUGCCAGAAGGGUUAGGGAGGAUCAUGUGAUUCAACAUGGUCUGGUGGUAGACGGGACCAGUCUGUCUCUUGCACUCAGGGAGCAUGAAAAGCUAUUUAUGGACGUUUGUAGAAAUUGUUCAGCUGUAAUGUGCUGUCGUAUGGCACCACUACAGAAAGCAAAGGUAAUAAGACUGAUAAAAAUCUCACCUGAGAAGCCAAUAACAUUGGCUAUUGGCGAUGGUGCUAACGAUGUAAGCAUGAUACAAGAAGCACAUGUUGGCAUAGGAAUCAUGGGUAAAGAAGGAAGACAAGCUGCAAGGAACAGUGACUAUGCAAUAGCUAGAUUUAAAUUUCUCUCCAAAUUGCUUUUUGUUCAUGGUCAUUUUUAUUAUAUUAGAAUAGCUACCCUUGUACAGUAUUUUUUUUAUAAGAAUGUGUGCUUUAUCACACCCCAAUUUUUAUAUCAGUUCUACUGUUUGUUUUCUCAACAAACACUAUAUGACAGCGUGUACCUGACUUUAUACAAUAUUUGUUUUACAUCCCUGCCUAUUCUGAUAUAUAGUCUGUUGGAACAACAUAUAGACCCUCAUGUAUUACAGAACAAGCCCGCCCUCUAUCGAGACAUAAGUAAAAAUCGUCGAUUAAGCAUGAAAACAUUUCUUUAUUGGACCAUCUUGGGUUUCAGUCAUGCCUUUAUUUUCUUUUUUGGAUCCUAUUUUCUCAUAGGGAAAGAUACAUCUCUGCUUGGAAAUGGCCAGAUGUUUGGAAAUUGGACAUUUGGCACCUUGGUCUUCACAGUCAUGGUUAUUACAGUCACAGCAAAGAUGGCUUUGGAAACUCAUUUUUGGACCUGGAUUAAUCAUCUUGUUACAUGGGGAUCUAUUUUAUUCUAUUUUGUGUUUUCUUUGUUUUAUGGAGGGAUUCUCUGGCCAUUUUUGAGCUCCCAGAAUAUGUACUUUGUAUUUAUUCAGCUCCUAUCAAGUGGUUCUGCUUGGUUUGCCAUAAUCCUCAUGGUUGUUACAUGCCUAUUUCUUGAUAUUGUGAAAAAAGUAUUUGACCAUCAGUUCCGUCCUACAAAUAUUGAAAAGGCACAGCUUACUGAAACAAAUUCAAGUAUCAAGUGCUUGGACUCCAUGUGCUGUUUCUCAGAAGGAGAAACAGCGUGUGCAUCUGUUGGAAGAAUGCUGGAGCGAGUAAUAGGAAGAUGUAGUCCAUCCCAUGUCAGCAGAUCAUGGAGUGCAUCGGAUCCUUUCUAUACCAACGACAGGAGCAUCUUGACCCUCUCCACAAUGGACUCAUCUACUUGUUAA